AAAACAUGUGCAGUAUGCUUUUACAUUUAACAGCCAAGUUAUGGGAAACAAAUGGAAUGAAACAUCUAAAAAGGCAACAGAAGAGGGAAAGCCAGACACUGAAGAAAGAGGUCAGUGCCUUCCGCGGGGCUUCGGCACUCCCAACAAUGUAUCCCUUACAGGAGCGGUGAGAGCUGGCUCUUCCUCUGGUCCCUCUGGAGUCUCUUCAAAACACAGUUACCAUGGACACAAACUUGACCGGGAGAGGACCGUGCGUGAUUGACUGCCAGCAAUCUGAUCCACUGAAAGACAUUGACAACCAAUAGGAAGCGGAGUGCGCCUUGUUUCCAUGGGAGGCCCCGGGAGGCGAUGCCAAGCCGCUCGAAAAGCAACACAGUGAGCGGGGAGAGAAGCGCAGGCAGCAGCCGGGGACUGUGGAGAUCCUUCAGCCGCCUCUGUGCCCCCUUCUGAACGCGGAUGAAAGCGAGGUCGCUAGGUGGCCGGACAGAACAGAAAGGAGACUGCUGCAGACCGCGCGUCAAUUAAAGCCACAGCAGCAGCAGCAGCAGCGCAGAAUGGAUGGAUUUCACGACCAGAGAGUGCCUUACUGUAACUCCAAAAAGCCGCAAGAAAAGACAACAAGCUGCCAGAGGCCAGCACAUGACAGAAAGAGAAAAUUCAUUAAGUCCGACCUGGCUCUGGACACUGAAGAGCUCUUCCAGGACCUCAGUCAGCUGCAGGAGACUUGGCUCGCAGAAGCUCAAGUUCCCGACAAUGACGAGCAGUUCGUUCCAGACUUCCAGACUGAAAACUUGGCUUUCCACGGACUGCAGCUGAAGAUCAAGAGGGAGCUGCACAGCCCGUGUUCAGAGCUGAGCUCCAACUGCAGUCAGGAGCGACCCUUCAAGCUCCAGUAUGGAGAGAAGUGUCCGUACAACAUCAGUGCCUAUGAGCAGAAGCAGCCUGCAGGAAUGAAGCCCUCCAGCCCAGUGACGCCCCCCUGUAGCACCCCAGUGUCCCCCCUCCAUCAUGCCUCACCCACGGCGGCCCCGACUCCCAAACCAGACAGGACCUACGCCCACAUACCGUCCUCGCAGCCGCUCCCUGACAACACGUACUCUAUGGACCACAGAUUUCGUCGUCAGCUCUCAGAGCCGUGUCACUCGUUCCCCUCCCCGCCGACGAUGACUCGGGACAGCCGGCCCAUCUACCACCGGCAGAUGUCUGAGCCCAACAUCCCCUUCCCUCCGCAAGGCUUCAAGCAGGAGUAUCCCGACCCCCUGUUCGAGCACCCGGCCAUGAUGGGGGCACCUCUACCCCACGCGUACCCUCCCAGCAUGAUGAUCAAACAGGAGCCGAGAGAUUUCACCUACGACUCAGCAGAAGUGCCUAGCUGCCAUUCGGUCUACUUACGGCAAGACGGCUUUCUGGCUCACACUAACAGGACUGAAGGUUGUAUGUUUGACAAAGUGGUGAGGCAUUUCUACGAUGACACCUGCGUCGUGCCCGAGAAGGUUGAAGGUGACAUCAAGCAGGAGACGGGGCUGUACCGGGAGGGUCCGUCGUACCAGCGCAGAGGCUCACUGCAGCUCUGGCAGUUUCUGGUGGCUCUGCUGGACGACCCGUCAAACUCACACUUCAUCGCCUGGACCGGCCGCGGCAUGGAGUUCAAACUCAUCGAGCCAGAGGAGGUGGCGCGUCGGUGGGGGAUACAGAAGAAUCGACCCGCGAUGAAUUAUGACAAGCUCAGCCGAUCUUUGCGCUACUACUACGAGAAGGGGAUCAUGCAAAAGGUGGCCGGAGAGAGAUACGUCUACAAGUUCGUGUGCGACCCCGAGGCCUUGUUCUCCAUGGCGUUCCCCGACAAUCAGCGGCCGGUGCUGAAGACGGACAUGGAGCGGCAGAUCAACGAGGAGGACACGGUGCCGCUGUCACACUUUGAUGAAAACAUGGCCUACGUACAGGAGGGCCCGUACUGCCAGCCGCACCCUUACAGCGAGGGUUAUGUUUAUUAACGUCAGCUCCACACACACACACACACACACUCUCUCUCUCUCUCUCUCACACACACACACACACACUCAACAUACACACACCUCUCCCCUCCCCCUCCUCUGCCUCCUCUGUCCAUACACCUGAGACUGUCAUGUCCUCUAAUUCACAGUCGCUCCGGGAAUAAGAGUGAACACACACACACACACACACACACACACACACACACACACACACACACACACACACACACACACACACACACACACACACACACACACACACACACACAGUGGAGCUUCCCCUCUCUCUCUGUCUCUCUCUCACAUGUACACACCUCUUUCUUUUUUCUUUCGCUCUUGUUUUUCUGACGUUGAAGCCGCACAGCAGGAUGGAGAGUGCACUUUAUGGACAGGACCGGCUCGGUGUUAACCUGCCAGAGGUUAGCUAGCUAUGUGGUUGGCUUUUUACAGCUGUUUUGUGUUUGUACAUUAAUGUGGGAAUUAUUCAGUUUAUUUUUUUUUUUAUUCUUAUGAUUUUGAGCAUGUGGCGCCCUGCUGAGACAGGACUCAACUACCUGGACUAAGACACAGUCUCGUCUGCUGGAAGGAUGAUCCUUUUUUGUCCUUUUUAGCCAUCCUGUACUUUGAAGCUCAUUUAAGUGCAAACUGGCGACGUAUUGUAUCGAUACUUUUAUGGUGAAGUGACAUGAUUAUAGACUUUAAAAUGUGAUAAUAAAAAGAGACAUUAAGCCGCCUCACGACCAGUACGAGCACAGCACCUCCUGUCCAGUCAGAGCCCCCUCGUCCAACCUCAUCAUGUGGGUGUUUCUGCUGUUACUGGAUGGAUCUAUUGACGGCUGAGAAUCCUUGCAGUUUGUAAAGAUGAAACACUGGCAUACAAGGAUGAACUCGAAUGGAAACUCUUCCUCGGUAUCACAUGUGAACGGCCUCUGUUAAGGAUAAAUCAAUAAAGCUCCAGGCCUCUGUAAAAUAACUCAUCAUUCACUGUAAACAGCGGUUUCUCCUUUUGUUUUCUGGGACACACGAAAGCAGCGGACAUUUAUUUAUCCAUCAGGUGUUCAGUUUUCUGAUGAAGAACAGGUGAAAGUGUAUGUACAGCUAAGGUUGAGACAGAUGAUUAUUUGCAUCCCCAAAACACAAACACAGAUUUUAUUGGCUUAAACAAAAAAAAAUCUGAUCAUGAAUUGAGAUUUUCUUUCUCUGUUUUGUUUGUUUCUGUUUUGUUCCAGGUGAACAUGACGUGUAUAUUUAUGCUUCGCCAUCAUAAGGUUACGUUUUGUUUAAAAAAAUAAAAAAAUGGAGAGAAGAUAAAGGAAAUAUUUAGAGUUUUAUAAUGUGAUGAAAACAAUUCAUGUUAAAGAAAAAGUGUUCCACUGUAUAAUCAGGUAAAUACACAUUUUGUUGCUGCUUCAAAUUGUUUGUGUAUUUUCUAGACUUAAAAAAAAGAAAAGAAGUGUAACGGUCAUGACCUGAUAUUCUUUUUUCUUUCAUUUUCUGUUUUUUUUUCUUGUUUUUUUUUGUUAAAUUUGAGCGUCUAAAGAAGGAAUCUCCUCCGUCUGAUCUCGAGGUUCACAUGUGUCGAGGCUGGGAUUGGCAAUAGUGAAAAAUUCUGUAAUAAAAUAGUUCUGAAAACAAAGUUA